AUGUUCCUGGACUGGGAUGCAAGGUAUAAGAUUGUAUUGGGAGCUACCCGUGGCUUGGCUUAUCUUCACCAUGACUGCUUUCCUACCAUUGUUCACUGUGAUAUCAAGGCCAAUAACAUCUUGGUGGGACCACAGUUUGAAGCAUUUCUGGCAGAUUUUGGGCUAGCAAAGCUUGUUAGUGCUUCAGAAUGUUCUAGAGUUUCAAAUACAGUAGCAGGUUCUUACCGUAUAUAG